GUCGGAGCCAAAGCCUAUGGCUUAUUUCUGUGCCACCACCUAUUUUGAACAUUUAUUGAUAUCAACGAGGACUUUCGCAUCAGUGCCUUCUUACUUGCUGUCUAUUUCACAAUACUGUAAUUUAUAUAAAAGAAGGUUGAACCAUGGUUGAACUUAAACUUAAUAGCUAUUACAAUCGACGGGUGCGUGGAUCGAUGUAACUGAACUGUAGACUGCAAACAAUAGCACAAAAAAAUGCAUUAAGCUAUGAUAUUCGGUACCGGUAAUGCUUCAAUAAAAUCUUGUUGACUGGGGAGCUUGAUUCAACCAUAUUCGGAGAGACCUCAUUGAAAUUAUAUAUACCUAUUUACAGUUACAGUAUUUGCUUAGCUUCACUGUGUUAUGUACCGAGUUUUCAUAUCCGCUUGACAGCCUCACUUUGUUGUUAUGAUCAGCUGUUGCAUGGCCAAGAUAAAGCAGUUAUAAUGGUAAUUACCUGGUUUUCAUAGACAUACCGUGACCUAUACUCAGAACUGUGUGGACUUCAAAGACAUAAAGGCAGAUCACUUGUCAUUCUCGGAAAAUGGAUUCUCUGACUAAAAGAGAAGAGGAGAAGUUACCACACAUAUCACAUGGUUUGAUGCAGAGAGUUAGUGAAAACUGGGGCUGGGUUGUGACGUUGGGCGUAACUAUAAUUUGGUUUUUAAUUGUCGGAUCCCAAUAUGUCUAUGCCCUCACAUUUCUAAAACUCCAACAAGAUUUCAAUGGAUCUGCAACUAUGGUUGGACUAAUUGGUUCAAUUUACCUAUCGCUUGGUUGUGGCCUGUCCCCAGUGACGUCAUUGCUACAGCGGCGCUACUCGCAUCGUAUGAUAACUAUAAUGGCUGUCCUCAUCACCUCUGUGUCCUACAUUCUUUCAUCAUUUAUGGACUCUUUAAUCUUCCUUGUAUUUACAUUUGGUGUGCUUAGUGGUAUUGGCUAUAAUUUUGUUUAUACAUCUCUUAAUCAUUUGUUGGUGUGUUAUUUUCCAUCUAAAAAGUGCCGCGGACCAAUAGCAAUUGCUAACGCUGGACAGACUAUAGCACAACUCGGCUUAAGUCCUGCCAUAGAGAAAUUGCUCUCGCUGUAUGGAUGGCGGUGGACACUUCGAAUUCAGGGUACGGUUAUAUGUUUAGUUGGCCUACUAGCCUGCAUUGUGCUGAAGAAACCACCAGUAUGGAAGACAUCGGAGAAAGAAGAUAAAAAGUCAAAGAAAUGUCACAGUGGACAGUUAAUGGCGGUUUUAAAAUUGCCUGAGACUUGGAUUUUCAGUAUGUCAACAUUCUUAACUGGAGUUGCAUCCACGUUCCUGUAUGUCUACAUUGGAAGUUACAUCGUAAGUAAAGGUUUGUCGGAGGAACAGAGCGCGACUGGUAUGAUGCUGAUUGGUUGUGGAAGCCUGGCAGUGUGUUUAAUCGGCUCGAUUUUGAUCAACAGAAUUUGUUUUCCUGUCAUAUACCUCAUACCUGUCGUCUGUGUAUUGAAAGCCUGUACUUUUACCAUCAUGACAUUUGUUCAGACAUUCCGGUCUGUGAACAUAAUGUGCCUAGUUAUAGGAGUACUCAGAACUGGCUAUAAUAUAUUGCUUGUACCACCGGCAGUCGAGUUGCUAGGGACGUCCAGGGCGCUGGAGGCAACUACAAUUGCCAUUUCAAGUCUUGGGUUUGGGUACUUUUCUGGAUCUUACGUAUCAGGUAAAAUGUUUGACGCAUUUGGGUCCUACGACAUCGCACUCUACAUAUGUGCAGCACUGUAUAUAACUUCGGCUACGUUGGCUCUGAUAGCUCCACUUUAUCAGCGAUAUUUUGUGCCUGAUAGAUACAUGGUUGAUAUAAAAGUAACGGCGAUAAAUGACGAGAAUAAGAAUGUCCUUACGAGUACCAACUACGAGCGCUUAUUCAUCGAAGAGCGAGAGAGUGUCAUAUAGGCCUUGCAGUUGUAUACUUUUUUAUUGGAGUGAAUCAAUGAUAAACUCUAUGUAAACGCACAACAUAGAUAAACAAAAGGUCAUGGGAAAAGAUACUAACUCUGUAAAAAUCAAAAUACAAAAAAAAAAUAAAAAGAAAUGCCAGCAACAUAAAUAAACUAUCACUAUAAAACAUGAUUUUAUGUGGGACGAUAUUUAUAUAUGCCAGAAGUAUAGAAACCAUGAAAAGUAAUAAAUGUGUUAUAUGGUAUUGAAUAUAACUUGUAAGAGUUCUGUUGCAUAUAUUGAUAUUAAAAAUAAAGUAUUUAUAUAUUAUAUUAUACAAGACGCUCUGGAGGUUUACCGGUGUCCAGUUUUGGGUUUUUCCAGGGAACAGUUCACUGUCACGUUUUUCUACGUCAUCAAUUUUUGUUUUGCCAAUUCACAUUCGUAUAUUUAACAGCAUAUCCUGUUAGAUGUUUUUAGGAUUCCACAAAACGGCAGAGUAAACGUAUAUGUAAACUCGUGAAGUCCAUUAUUAAAACAGUAGUCAGAAAAUGGAGAUUUAUUUACACAAAUUUGACCAAAUAUAAUUAUACAGUAAUAACAUCGAUCACUGGAACGGUGAUAUAUCGCCGUACAGAAACAAUCCAUAAUUUGCAAGCCCUGUCUUGUUCCAAUAGGCCUACAAAUUUCUUGAGCAUGGGCCAAACCGUCUGCAGUUUUUCAAAAGAACGACGAAUAAUGGAAACGAAGAUGUCACGUACGGUAUUCGUUACCGAUUUUAGCAAUAAUAAUGUGAACAAUAAGAAUAAUAAAUUUAUGCAAAAUAUGUUUAAGUACAUAUAGAAAUUUGAGUUAUUAAAAAAUUUUCAAGAGCCAGCCCAUAAGGUAAAAGUUACACUUUACUUUUGGCGAAUCCUACAAGGUAUUGUCUUUCGUGUAAUGAUUUUCCUGUUAAUAUAUAUAUUGUUUUAUUAUAUGGUGGGUUCGUGUAGCAUAAAAAAUGGUAUAUGUGAUAGAUGAUAUAAUGAUAUAUAGCCCAUUUAUGCAAUAUCAGACCUUAAUGUAAAUGUUUUUGUUUUAGUUGGUGUAUUGUUUAUAUGAACAUGAAAAUGAUUUUGUUACCUACUGAAAUGAAAUAGAGAAUAAAUAAAAAAAUGAAGUUUAAAUUUA